AUGGAGAAAGAGAAACUUCUCUCGAUAGAGCCAUUGGAUCCCGCCCAGGCGCGAUGGAUUCGGCUUUCGAAAUGUACCUAUACGGAUCCAAGGGGAACUGUGCGAACUUGGGAGAGUGCUGAGAGACAGACCCGCCCUAAGGACUGCUUAAUCGAUGGCGUAGGCAUUGUGGCAAUAUUAGAAAAGCCAUCGGGACCAGAACUCUUACUCCAAAAGCAGUACCGCCCGCCAAUCGACAAAAUUGUCAUUGAAGUUCCAGCGGGGCUCAUAGAUGCGGGUGAGACGCCAGAAGAAUGUGCGAUCAGAGAGUUAAAAGAAGAGACGGGAUAUGUUGGGGUUCCUGAGCAAACUAGUCCGGUUAUGUGGAAUGAUCCCGGGUUUUGCAAUACAAACCUCCACAUGGUGCAUGUCCGUGUGGAUAUGUCUCUCCCUGAGAACCAAAACCCGAAACCUCAGCUGGAAGAUAACGAAUUCAUUGAAUGUUUCACCUUACCACUCAAAACACUGUUUGCUGAGACGCAGCGACUGGAGGCAGAAGGAUAUGCGAUCGAUGCUAGGGUUGGAACUCUAGCAGAGGGGAUUGAGAUCGCGAAGAAGUGGAGUUUGGUUGGAUAG